AGGAGCGCUCAGGAGGAGACUGUUUGGGAAACCGGCGACACGCCGCUGCUGUUUUCUCCUGAAGAAGGGAGAGAAAAAAAAAAAAAAACAAAUGUCAGGAGCUGCUUUUCCUUUUGGCAGCAGUCCUUCUCCUUCCCAUUUUACUCCCUCUCUCUCUGUAUCACCGUGUCUGUCCGAUGACUUCUCUCAUUGACUCACUCCAAGCCUGCUUCAGCUGGCUGAGUGCGCUGACACUGGGACCACUACCUGCUGCCUGGGGAUUAAGCGCGCUAUGAAUACCCGGAGCCUAAUUUGUUGUUUUGGCUGCCAGUGAAUGGUGGAUCCCCACAGAAGAGAAGCUGGUGCAUAAAUCCGUGCAGCCAGAACACCGGGAGCGCCUCUGGACUAAGACAGCCCAGUGGAAGAAGGGACUGGAUGCUUGAGGAAGCGGAUAAAAGAGAGACGGCAAACCAGAGGAAGAAAGGAAAAGACCGGACAAGUUCUUUCCUGAAAGGAGACAAAUAGACAACGCUAAAUCAGCCCAAGUCUUACAAAGAUCGGGACACAAUGGGAACCUUUUCCUCUCAUUAUUCGGUUGGGAUUCUCUCUCAGGGCACUGAUACAAGGAAAGAAAGCCCAACAAAUCUCAGCCUCGAGCUUCUUGGUUGAUUCCUGAUCACACACCGGUCCCUCUCCCUUUCUCUCCAUGAGUGUAUUCAUUUAGAGCGUCUCUGUGUUUUGCCGCUCAUCCGUAGCUGCUCGGGGUAGAAGACGGUUCUGCGCUGACAGGGCGAGCUGGGAUUGCGAUCAACUUUUACCCCCUUUCUCCGCCACUUUUCCGACCCUCUUUCAGCCCCAGUGCACCGGCGGGGUGGUGGGGCGGGGGGGGCAGCUGCUUACCCACUCCACGGGACUGACCGGGAAUAAAGGUUAUUGAACCGAGGAGGGGCGGCAGACACACAGGAGAGGAGAGGAGCAAAAAAGCAAGCCUUCACCUCUGCAAAGCCAAGAGCAUAUGGUAUAACGGGAGGAACCCAGCUGCUUCCUGAGCCAUCCUGCUCAUCACGCUACGGCAGAUACAAGUUGCUCCGGUGGCGGUGUCAGGUUUGGACGGAUCUAACAUGCCGUGGUCGUAUAUCUCUUCGCCAUGACACAAGCUCCCAGACCUUAAGUCGAAGGAGUGAGUCCAGUGGAUACAAAGAAGCAGCUGUGUGGAGUUAGAGGCACGCCGGGCAGAUCGUUGCUCAGGGGAGGAGCGAACCCUUGUUGCCCAAACAGACAGCAGCCACAGGGAGGCUGAGAAAGAUGCUCUGCUGUCACCUCGUAGGGAAAUACUUGUGACACGUGUUGUUGUUGUUGCGCACCAGACCUUGGCUUGGUUUGUAAAGGCUUUUGACAAGGAAGCCCCCUCUCACGGCCGUCUACUUACCAGUCUGGGUCACUGGGAAAGAAAGCAGAGGAUUCCCCCCCCCCCCCACACCUUUUUUUGGAUUUACUGUCGGUCUGCCUUGGAAGUGCUCCGUGUGGAUAUUUGACAAUCCAUAACACCCACAUCCUGACACACACAUUUCUGGCUUAGGUGCAUCUCACACACGUUCAUGCCAAAAGCACAUUUUACAAACGCAUUAUCGCCACCCACUUAAAUCCACACACAUGUUUGCGCUGUAAGUAUAAACCACUUCACGCACGCACACACACACUCUCAUUCAAAGUCCAUUAGCUUGUCCUUUUCCCAGUGGGUGCAUCAGUAUGGAGGUCGUGUGGACAGGUGGGGGGCUAUAGGAGUCCAACAUCUCUGUCCCCCGGUCUGUCCUCUUUCUCCAAAUGGAUGUUAUUAUCUCUAAAAAUGUGUUACUUGGAAGCCGCUGAAAGCUUGCUGCUGCGAUUCUCCGACAGAAACAGUCACCGGGUCUCCGCCGGGGUGCACAGCUGGAACCGCAGCUGAAACACCAGCCAUUACGCAUCCUUUUUUUUUUUUUUUUUUGCCUUUUAUUUUACCUUCAUCUCCAUACUCUGCCCUCACCCCACCGCCAUCAUUUUUUCCAACGGGUCUUUGGGCACCCCUCGUCGCCCUCCUCGGCCCGUCAUCUCCUCCGCCCUGGAGGGGAGGGGGUCGCUGGAGUGGAGCAUGAGCGGGUGCCACUAUCCCUCGCCGACCCCGCCGGAGCAGGACCGCAGGUACCAGCACAAGGUGUCCCUGGUUGUGCGCUACUUCAUGAUCCCCUGCAACAUCUGUCUGAUCCUGCUGGCCACAUCUACACUGGGCUUCGCCGUGCUCCUGUUCCUCAACAACUACAAACCUCCUCACUUCACGCCGGCCCAGCCUCCUGAUGGCUGCAGAGGGAUGCUGUGUGGCUUCGGCGCUGUAUGUGAGCGCAACCCGAGUGACCCGGCCAAGGCUGAGUGUGUCUGCAAGAGAGUGGAUUGCCCGUCGUUGGUGGCGCCUGUAUGCGGCUCGGAUUCGUCCACCUACUCCAACGAGUGCGAGCUGGAGAAAGCCCAGUGCAACACACAGCGUCGCAUCAAGGUGCUGCGCAAGGGACCCUGCUCUCUGAAGGACCCCUGCUCCGAGGUGACCUGCAGCUACGGCAGCACCUGUGUCCAGUCGUCAGAUGGCCUGUCGGCGAAAUGCAUGUGCCCCCUCGGCUGCGAGGGCAAAGCGGAGAAGACGGUGUGCGGCAGCGAUGGGAAGGACUACCGCAACGAGUGUGAGCUCCACCAGCACGCCUGCAAGAACCAGAGGAACAUACGAGUGCAGUACCAGGGGCCCUGCGACCCAUGCAAAGACAAUGAGAACAGCCUGAGCCAGAUGUGCCGGGUGGAGGCGAUCACCCGCCAGCCCCUCCUCUUUGGCCUGCCGGAGUCGUGCACCUCGGACGAUGAGCCUCUGUGUGCCAGCGACGGCCAAACCUACAACAGCGAGUGUGCCAUGAGAUCAACAGGCUUGCAGAAAGGCAUCAAGCUCAGGAAGAUCCACGCAGGGCGAUGCAGGAGGCUGGACGACUGUCAAGAGGAGUGUCUUUUCAACGCCGUGUGCCUGGUGGAACAGCUGAGCUCGCGCUGCUCCUGCGACCCCAUCGAGUGCGACGGCACCUACAAGCCCGUGUGCGGCAGGGACGGCCACACCUACGUCAACGACUGCAACCGACGCAGGGCCGAGUGUGAGAACAAGGUCCUCAUCCCCAUCAAGCACCCAGGGCCCUGUGAUCUCAGCAUACCGAGCCCCUGCUUGGAUAAGGCGUGCGAUCACGGCGCGGUGUGCGUGGUCAAGAACAACGAGCCGGUGUGCGAGUGCCCCGAGGCCUGCCCGCAAACGUCCGACCCGGUGUGCGGAUCUGACGGCCACAGCUACGGCAGCCCCUGCGAGAUGCGAGCGAUGGGUUGUGCCCUGCAGAGGGCCAUUCACAUCCAGCACAAAGGACCUUGUGAUGAGACCUGUGCCAACUGCUCUUUCGGGGCAAUCUGCGACGCCCAGAGCGGGCAGUGUGUGUGCGCGUCCGAGUGUGUGGAGUCCCACCAGCCGGUGUGUGGCAGCGACGGCACCACCUACAACAGCGAGUGUGAGCUGCACGUGCGCGCCUGCAAAGAACAGAUGGACCUCCGAGUGGUCAGCCAGGGCGAGUGCAAGACAUGCGGCAGCACUGUGUGUGCCUGGGGUGCCCGGUGUGUCCAGAAUAAGUGUGAAUGCCCACAGUGCACCGGCGAGCCCUUAUCCACUGUGUGUGGAAGCGAUGGCACCACCUACAACAACGAGUGUGAACUCCGCGCGUCCUCGUGUAUGCAGAAGAGGAGGAUUGAUGUGGCGAGGCUCGGCAGCUGUGAUGAAGACUGUGGCUCAGGAGGGUCGGGCUCGGGCGUGGAGGGCUGUGAACAGGACCGCUGCCGCUUGUUCGGAGGCUCGUGGGACGAGGACGCCGAGGACGACCGCUGUGUGUGCGACUUCACCUGCCAAAGCGUGCCCAACAUUCCGGUUUGUGGCUCCGACGGAAAGAACUACAGCAACGAGUGCGAGCUGAAGAAGGCCAGAUGUGAGAAACAAGAGCACUUGUUGAUUCAGAAUCAGGGACACUGUGCAGCGAUUGCAGCCACAUCUCUGCCAGAGCUGACAGCACUCCAGCACUGCAGUCUGUCUGUGUACGGCUGCUGCCACGACAACGCGACGGCCGCCUUAGGAGUCGGCCUGGCUGGGUGUCCCAGCACCUGUCAGUGCAACGUCUACGGCUCCUACAAGGGCACGUGCGAUCCAGUCACCGGGCAGUGCUCCUGUAAGCCCGGGGUCGGGGGACAGAAGUGCGACCGCUGCGAGCCGGGCUUCUGGAACUUCCGCGGCAUCGUGACGGAGAACAUGAGCGGCUGCACGCCUUGUAACUGUGACGCCACGGGCUCGGUCCGGGACGACUGCGAGCAGAUGUCGGGUCUGUGUUCCUGCAAGACGGGAGUGAAGGGCAUGAAGUGCAACGUGUGUCCAGAUGGAAGCAAGAUGGGCAUGAACGGCUGCGACAAAGGUCCCGACGCCCCGACGUCAUGUGAAGAGUUGGUGUGCAGUUACGGAGCGACUUGCAUCGAGGUGAACGACCAGGCCCACUGCGAGUGCCCGUCCCCUGACUGCGACGAGAAAAACAAGACCAAGGUGUGCGGCUCUGAUGGGGUGACCUAUGCCGACCAGUGCCAGCUGAGGACCAUCGCCUGUAGGCAGGACAAGGACAUCACGGUGCAACACUCUGGACAGUGCACAGAAACCAUCACUGAGCCGGCAGACAGACCCACCCCCAACCCCCUCGCCACCACCCCCAGCCCAACCGCUGCCGCCACCAUCACCACAAUCGCCACCUUCAACCAUAACAGGGUGGAGGCCAUCCCGCCUCCGAGGACGGCCGAGGUAGAGACCGAUGAGCGGCCGCCGGCCACCACCCCCUAUUCCACCCCCACCCAAAAGCAAGCAAACCACCGCCACUCCAUCCACACCCAGCCUCAGCCGCAGUCCACUGCCGCCGCCGUCGCCGCCGCUGCCACCCCCAUCUCCCCUCGCGGCAGAAAGAUCCCUCCGCCGCUGCGGGACCCCUCCGCUGGUUUGAACUCGUUUGAGGGCUCGGGCAGCGGGGAUCCCAGCGGAGACUACCAGACGGAAGAAGAAGAGGAGCUGGAAGAGGAAGUGGGUAGCGGCAUCCCACCGGAGGCCAGUGGGGCAGAGGAGCCUGUCGGUCCGACGGUGGCAAGCACCACCCUGCCCACAGCUGAGGACAGGUCCUCCUGCGACAACAAGGAGUUCGGCUGCUGCCCCGACGGCAAGACACCAGCCAGCACUCCAGAGGGCGCCAACUGCCCCUCCACCAUGAGGUUCAACGGUUUCCUGCACUUGGACCAGGUGGAGGGCCAGGAGAUCUUCUACACCCCCGAGAUGGAGGACCCCAAGUCGGAGCUGUUUGGAGAGACGGCUCGCAGCAUAGAGAGUGCGCUCAAUGAGUUGUUCAGGAAGUCGGAGGUGCGCAAAGACUUCAUGAGUGUCCGGGUCCGUAACCUGGCACCCAGCAACUCCAUCCUGGCCUUUGUGGAGGCGCACUUCAAACCAGAUACAAGAUACAUGGUGGAGGACAUCGAAGGAGCGCUGCUCAAACAGCUGAAGGCCUCAAAAGACACCGGCAUCGCUGUGAAGAAGCCGGAGGAUGAGAAUAUUCGCAUCACCAAUUAUGGCCUCUCCUCCGUCCCCUUCUUCACCACCACCACCACCACAGCGUCAGUCACCACAGCGUCAGUCACCACAGCGUCGGUCACCACAGCCGCUCCCACCACCACCACCACUACCGCCGCCGCCACCACAACCACCAGGCUUCCGACAACCUCCCCGUAUGUCACCCGUCGCCCGCCGGGCACCACCCGCAGGCCUUACAACGGCAGACGCACCACCACGACCUCGGCACCGGUCACCACGCAGCCACCCACCACCACGGCAGCUGUCACCACCACCACGCCACUUCCAGCCACCACCGUAGCACACGUCAGGGGCAGGCUUCACCACAAGGUCCAGAAGCCCUGCAGCUCCCACCCCUGCCUCCACGGGGGCACCUGCGAGGACGACGGAAACGACUUCAGCUGCAAGUGUCCCGCCGGGCGAGGAGGCUCCGUGUGUGAGAAGGUCAUCAAGUACUUCAUCCCGUCAUUUGGAGGCCAGUCAUACUUGGCUUUCCAAACCAUGAGCGCCUACCACACGGUCCGCAUCGCCAUGGAGUUCAGAGCGUCCGAGAUGACCGGCAUCCUGCUCUACAACGGCCAGGAGGGCAAGAAGGACUUCAUCUCUCUGGCUCUGGUCAACGGCAGGGUGGAGCUCAGGUUCAACACGGGGUCAGGGACGGGCACGCUGGUCAGCAAAGUACAGAUCAACCAGGGCCGCUGGCAUCAGCUGGUGGUGACUCGCAACCGGCGCAACGCCAUGCUCAGCGUGGACAACGAGCCGCACAUCGAAGGCGAGAGUCCCCGCGGCACGGACGGCCUCAACCUGGACACUCACCUGUUCAUUGGGGGAGUGACCGAGGAUAUGAAGGCGGAUGUGAGGGAGAGGACAGCUGUGGCCACAGGUCUGGUCGGCUGCAUCCGCAUGCUGGACGUCAACAACCGCGUGCUCAACCUGCAGGAGAGCGGUGGCGACAGUCUGUAUGGCAGCGGCGUGGGCGAAUGUGGCAACAACCCCUGCCAGCCAAAUCCCUGCAAAAACGGUGCCGCGUGCCAGGUCAAGGAGGCAGAGAUGUUCCACUGCAAGUGCAGCAAAGGAUUCUGGGGUCCGACUUGUGCUGAUGUCCACGAUCCGUGCGAGCCCAACAGGUGCCACCCAUCCUCUCAGUGCCAGGCGCUGCCCGAGGGAGGCUACAAAUGCGAGUGUCCAACGGGACGUGAAGGGAGACACUGUGAGAAAGUGGCUGAGAGGAGAGGGGCUUACAUGCCGCUGUUCAACGGGGACUCUUACGUGGAGCUGAAGGGGCUCUAUCUCUACGGGCACGACCUGCGCCAAAAGCUCAGCAUGACAGUGGUUCUCAUGGCCAACGACUCCAACGGUUUGAUCUUCUACAACGGGCAAAAAUCCGAUGGAAAAGGAGACUUCAUCUCUCUGUCGCUCAACAACGGCAUCCUGGAGUUCCGCUACGACCUGGGGAAGGGACCCGCUACCAUCAGGAGUAAGGAACCGAUCCAGCUGAACGUGUGGAACACCAUCAACCUGGAGCGCUCCCACCGCAAAGGAGAGAUCAGGGUGAACAACAGGGACGCCGUCAAAGGGGAGGCGCCGAAAUCACGCAAGAACCAGCACGUGGAUCUCAACCUCAAAGAGUCUCUUUUCGUUGGCGGAGCUCCCGACUACAGCCGACUGGCAAGAGCCGCCGCGCUCACGGAGGGAUUCAAAGGAACGAUCCAGAAGAUCAUUCUGAUGGGUACCCCCGUCCUCAGAGAGGAGAACGCCAUGCGCUCCAGCAAUGUAGCCAUGUUCCAGGACCACCCGUGUUCCCAGGAGCCCUGCCACAACGGAGGCCGCUGCAACCCCCAGCUGGACACCUACGAGUGCGUUUGCCUCAGCGGUUUCUCUGGGGCGCACUGCCAGAACACCAUCUACGAGAAGUCUGCCGGAGAGACCGAGGCCAUCGCCUUUGACGGGCGGACGUUCAUCGAGUACCACAACGCCGUUACAAAGAGUGAGAAGGCUCUGCUGGUGAAUAAAUUUGAGCUGAGCAUCCGGACGGAGGCGACCCAGGGCCUGGUGCUGUGGAGCGGGAAGGGCGUGGAGCGCUCCGACUACAUCGCCCUGGCCAUCGUGGACGGACACGUCCAGAUGACGUACGACCUUGGCUCCAAGCCCGUCGUGCUUCGCUCCUCCGUGCGUGUCAACACCAACCGCUGGAUACACAUCAAGGCCAGCAGAGCACUUAGAGACGGCUCUCUACAGGUUGGCAAUGAGGCAGCGGUAACAGGGUCAUCGCCUCUGGCAGCAACGCAGCUGGACACAGACGGAGCGCUCUGGUUGGGUGGUCUGGAGGAGCUGGCGGUGACCCGUCGGUUGCCCAAGGCCUACAGCACCGGCUUUGUGGGCUGCAUCAAGGACGUGGUGGUGGACGGCGUGGAGCUCCACCUGGUGGAGGACGCCUUAAACAGCCCCACAAUACUACAAUGUUCCGCCGCCAAAUAACUCGGCAGAGACAAAAUGUUGAGAGAAACGGAAAUAAAGAAACCCUCCCACCCACUCCCUCCAUAGCGCCCAUGUCUCCUGCUGUAAUUAUUUUCUAUUUUUGUAUACUUUUCAUCGCUUUUUAUAUGGAAAGAAAAUUAAUGUCGUUCCGAUUUUUGUUUUAUAUAUUUUGUUCCUCUUUUUUUUUCUUUUUUUUUUUUUUUUUAAAUCUGCACCUCCGUUCACAGAACACACUUUCUUUUUUUUGUUCUUCUGCUCCGGCCCUUCAUCUUUUUUUCAGAAAGCAGGCGUCUCUGUGAAAAGGAGAUAUUUUAUUCUUGUCAGUUUUGUUGUUUUAAAACAAACGCCAACUUUAGGAAAAAAAAAAAAAAAAAAAAAGCAAAAAACAACAAAAGCCUGCUCCUUUUUCCUCGCUCAUUACUUGAACACUGGUGGACCUCGCUGAUGAUCUCUGGGUACUGCCUUGUCUUGGUGCCAUAUCUAUCGUCCACAUUCCCCAAGCAUGGCGUAUACAUCCAUGAAUAUAUAGACAUACAUUCCCCCCGUGAGAGCUGGACGCAGUGUGCGGACGCUGUGGCCGGUGUGUGCGGCUCCCCGAUGCUGCAGCCAGCUGCCGUCUCCAGACAAGAAACUCUGCAUUCAGCCCCGGUAGCCCACUGUAUUUUCCUAAUGGGACUUUUUCAGAUAUCAGUCAAGCUGCUACAGUGAGAAAGUACACAGUUGAAACCACUCGAUCAACCCCCAUCUCCCAGCGCCAAAAAAGAAAAAAACCCUAAAAACUCUCCACUCGAUCUGAAUCCCAUCAGAGCCUUUAGUUUUGAAAUAUGACUCACUAACACUGCAACCCGACAUGAUGGAGACGGAGAGAGCGCUGUGUUCCACAAUGACUCGCAUAUCAUUAGUCAUAAGUCAAGACAUGAAUCAUAGACAUGAAUAAAUGUUAUAAAUAUAGAGUAUAUACAUAAUACCUGAGACUGUGAAUAUGUACGAUGGGUUCUCUUUUGGAGACUUGUGCUUCUCAUGUACUAUUGUGCGUUCUGUUUUACAAUCAGCAGAUGAACUAAUGAUGACCACUAUAAAUGCAUGCACUUCAGCAGUGAUGGUUUGAUUCUGGUUUUUGUUUGUUUGUUUGUUUUUGUAUUCACACUUUUGUUCCAAAAAAAAAAGGCAACAAAAAAAAAGUUCUAAUUUGGAAAAAAAAAAAAGUCACUGUUUGGGGGUUUGUUUGUUUUUGCGAUGAAUAUAAAAAGUUUUUUUUUUUUUCUCUUAUUUCCACUGAUGUGACUUCAGACGCUACAGAGCUCAGAGUGAUGUUUUUUUUAUAUAUAUAUAUUUGUUCAUUCCCUGUAUCUUCUUUUAUUUUUUUCCUUGUAAGCAGUUAGUUUUGCAGGACCUUGAACAUACGGAGGGGGGGGAAGAGUUGUUACCAUAUCUGACCUUAAGGAGGUGCUGAAAGCAAAGACUGGAGGAAAAGGGCAGACACAAAGGAGGCGAGGAGAGGUCUUAUCAUGGGGAGAGCGACUACUCUUGGGAACGUCCUGUCAGACAACAGUCAGCCGUCAACACAAACACAAAAAAACAAAAAAAAACGCUUCAAGAAACUCUGCCUGAGACUUAUUUUCUUUUCGAGCAUUCCUGGAGGAGACUAUUGGGCUGUCGAGAGAGAAAGAGAGAGAGAGAGAGAGAGCGACUGUGAUGUUGUUGUGACCUCACGAAGCAUAAGAGAUGCAUAAUCCUACAGUACUUGCAAAUUAACAUAGUAACGCAUGGGGUUUGUAUUACUAGUGCAAAUUCUGUAACAUUCAGUGAACUGAUGCAACGUGGAGUCGUCUUUGCUGAACCACAUUAAGCUGCGACGACUUUGACCUAAAGACACUUGUUUUGAUAUGAGAACCUUGGCAAUAUUCUGAGACAAAAUCAUGCUUGUUCGUGGUUGAGUAUCAAAUGGUCUUGUACGGUUUUUGGGUUUUUUUUUCUCCUUCUUUUUCUUCUUCUUCUUCCUUAAGUUUCUUAAUUAUGUUUCUUAAAUCAUCAACAACCUGUUUUUGUACAGCCCUGCAAUUUUUAAGUGUAAAUUUAGCAAAAUUGUGUGAUCUGUGGAGGUUUAUGUUUUUAGUAAUAUACACUGGAACCAUGUCUGACUCGUCUGUUCGCCCACACAAUGAUAUACUUAUGUACGUGUGUGUGUGUGUUUGGGGGGGGGGUCUCUAAAGCUAUAACUGCAUUGUGUGUGUGAUCAAGAGUGUAACACCAGAGCAGGAAACCCCUACUCUGGUGUCCCAAUACUCAUUAAAUUCCAGCAUUCGCUCUGUUAACCCUAGACUGGUCUUAUUUUACCAGACUGCUCUUUCAGUUUGGUCCAUUCAGGUGGUAAUAAAGGAGAGAUGCCUGCGUAUCUGAAUGGACUCAUGAACAGUGAAGACAGCAGCGGUCUCUGGUUUGGGUGGAAACUAUGAAUUGCCUUAAAAACUGGUCACCUCCACUACUUAGCAGGUGACAAAGACGCCAACCAUAUAACCGUUUCCUUACUUUAGCCAGUGUAUUAGCUUCAUCCCCAUAAUGUAAAUGAGUAAUACAUAAUAAUAAUAAUGAUGAUUAUAUUAGUAAUAAUGCUCAUACACAAGAAGAAAAAAGAAAAAAAAACCCAGGGGACUUCUGCAAACGUCCCCUCUGGCUUUUUACAAAAAACCUAUUUACUGUUUUUGAAUCUUUUUUUUUUUUUCUGUUCCUUAUUUAUGUCUACAUGUGGAUUACCCUCCAUGUCUGGCCUCUGUAAACUACUGUCUGACUGCGCAAACCUCCUCAAAGGGCAGUGCACCGAGUAAGAGUGGCAUGACCUGAACAUUACUAACUUUAUGACCUUUGUCUUGUGUUCCUACCACCAUGAAAUAAAAAUGUCAACCAAACGGA